AAGUUAAUUUGAAAUUUUCAAACUGUCAAAUACUAAAGGAAAUAAUAUAAAUUGAAAAUAUUCAAAUUUAUUUAGUACCUGUAAUAUGUUUAUAAAAUUAUAAAGUAGAAACGUCUUCGCGUCAUUGAUAUCAUAUUCAUUGAAAAUCAGCCGAAAGGUAGAAGAUAGGUAGCACAUGAGGAAGUAGUGACCUUUCGUGUCCUUAAAACAUCAGUUUCUUACUGACUGUGAAAUCGACGACGUGAGGUUCAACUGAUUUUUACACAGCUUUAUUAAAUUUCAUUUUUCGUUAAAUUUGUGCUUGGGUUUAGCAACUGAAAAAAAGCCCGCCAAAAUGGUCUGGAUUACCGCCGACGAUAAGAUGGCUGGGAAGCCGAAUACUCAAGCUUUAUACGCUCAAAGCCAGUUAGACCACAUGUGUGCCCUCGAUAUCGAGAGCCGUGCAUCGUUCGUCCGUCUUUCGGGGAUCAUUUGCACCAUUGGACCGGCCUCGAGAUCUGUUGAGACACUCGAGAAGAUGAUCGACACGGGCAUGAACAUUGCCCGAUUGAAUUUCUCUCAUGGAUCUCACGAGUAUCACGCCGAGACCAUUCGCAACGUGAGAGAAGCUCAAAAGAACUUCUCUGCUCGUAGUGGCAUCAACAUUCCUGUAGCCAUUGCCCUCGACACUAAAGGCCCUGAGAUUCGUACAGGACUUUUGGAAGGCGGCGGGUCCGCUGAAGUAGAAUUAACCAAGGGCCAGACUUUCAAACUAACUACCGAUAAGUCGUACAUGGAGAAGGGUAACCAAAACGCAGUGUUCGUAGAUUAUGAAAAUAUUUCGAAGGUGCUGAAGGUUGGAAACCGCGUGUUCGUUGACGAUGGAUUAAUUUCUCUCAUCGUUACUGCAGUUAAUCCUGACAGUAUUAUUACUACUGUUGAGAACGGUGGCAUGUUGGGUUCCCGCAAGGGUGUUAACUUGCCUGGCGUACCUGUAGAUUUACCAGCCGUUUCUGAGAAGGAUAAGUCUGACUUGCAGUUCGGCGUUGAACAGGAAGUUGACAUGAUUUUCGCUUCCUUCAUAAGAAAUGCUGCAGCUUUGACAGAGAUUCGAUCGAUCCUUGGCGAGAAGGGAAAGAAUAUUAAGAUAAUAUCGAAGAUCGAGAAUCAACAGGGCAUGACGAAUCUCGAUGAGAUCAUCGAUGCCUCCGAUGGUAUUAUGGUGGCGCGUGGUGAUCUUGGUAUCGAGAUACCACCAGAGAAAGUAUUUCUCGCUCAGAAAUGCAUGAUCAGUAGGUGCAACAAAGUUGGCAAGCCAGUAAUCUGUGCCACGCAGAUGCUUGAAUCUAUGGUGAAAAAGCCGCGUGCGACUCGAGCUGAAACGUCCGAUGUUGCUAACGCUGUUCUUGAUGGCGCUGACUGCGUCAUGUUGUCAGGUGAAACUGCCAAGGGUGAUUACCCACUGGAAUGUGUGCGCACAAUGGCUAACAUCUGUAAAGAAGCAGAAGCCGCCAUUUGGCAGACGCAGAUAUUCCAUGAUCUCUCGAGCAAAGCUAUACCUCCGAUCGAUGCAACCCACGCUGUUGCAAUUGCUGCCGUCGAAGAAUCCGCGAAAUGUUUAGCUAGCGCUAUUAUAGUAAUUACGACCAGUGGCCGCUCUGCACAUCUAAUUGCAAAAUAUAGACCGCGUUGUCCAAUUAUCGCGGUAACCAGGUUCCAUCAGGUUGCCCGGCAAGCGCAUCUUUAUCGUGGUAUUCUGCCACUUUUCUAUGAAGAUGCACCAUUGUCUGAUUGGCUGAAGGACGUGGAUGUACGUGUUCAGUUUGGAUUAAACUUCGGCAAAAGCCGUGGUUUUGUUAAGACUGGAGAUUCGGUCGUUGUGGUUACUGGAUGGAAACAGGGCUCAGGAUACACGAAUACUCUUCGUGUUGUGAAGGUUGAUUAAGAACAACUACUAGCUGGUCGGCAAGAAGGAAAACGGAUGCAGUGAUUGUAGAUGUUAAACAUUCAGUAUGUACGUAACUUAUAUGUAUGAUGAGCUUAGUAAAUAUCUUUGAACAGUUUAAAAUCUGAAAAGCCAGUAGCUACAGUAUUAUAUACUUGACCUUAUCUAAGUAUUUGCAGUACAGAAUAAACAUAUUUAUGUAUAUGUAUAUAUGUAUAUCAUUAUACGUAUACAUACACAUUAUGAUAUUAAAUAGUAAUUAUUUACAAUAAUCAACACAUUAUUAGAUUUGGCUUAUUAACAGCUUGAUAAAAUACAUUGGAAUCUCUGUUUUCUGUAUGAAGAUGAAUAAAAAAAAUUUAUUUUACUUUAA